AUGAAGCAAAAUCCACAGAACGGGGAUCUUAAGAAACAAAUCCAAGAGAGGCAAUCGAGAAUAGCAGCUCUUAAUGAAAAACAAGCUUUGGGAACCAUUACUUCAGUGCCGAUUAAAGUUCCUCAGGUCAGUUCCUUGCAGAGGUUGGCAGGACAAAGACCAGCAGUGCUACCUCAGGUUAGGCCAAAGACUCUGAUCCCAGACAGCCUCCCAAUUUCUCCAUGCAGAGAUCAACCUUCCAAGCAACCUCCGACGUUUCAGAAGGCAACAGUGGUCAGCAUCAAGAACCCAACUCCUGCCCUCCCCACUGCCAAUAAUACUGUUAGCCAUGUACAGACGUCCAGCAACCAAUCACAAAGUGUCACAGAGACGGCAGCCAUCUCCUCAUCCCUGAAUAGUGCUGGGGUAGCAUAUGCCAUUAUCUCAACAUCUCCCAAUAAUGCAAUGCCCAUCAACACCAGCGCUGCUGUCUCGGUGGUUAAUGACAGCAUUAAAGUGCAACCACUUCUCAUCAGUGCUGACAGCAAGGUCAUCAUCAUUCAACCUAAAGUUCAAACUCAGACAGAAAAUAAAGUGGAGAUAAAAAAACCUGCUGAAGAGUCAACUCAGGGACCUGCUACCAAAAAGAAAAAAGAUGAAAAUCCUGAGAAAAUUGCCUUUAUGGUAGCAUUAGGCCUGGUUACGACUGAAUACUUGGAAGAAAUCCAGAGCAAACGUCAGGAAAGAAAAAGAAGAAGUACCGCCAAUCCAGCUUACAGUGGACUCUUGGAAACUGAGCGGAAACGCCUUGCAUCAAAUUAUUUGAACAACCCUUUUUUCCUCUCCACAAGAGCCAAUGAGGAUCCAUGUUGGAAGAAUGAGGUCAGCCAUGAGGAAUACUGUUCAGCAUGCAAGCAUGGUGCCAACUUACAACCUUGUGGAACAUGCUCCAGGGCCUAUCACCUCAGCUGCUUGGAUCCUCCCUUGAAGAGCGUUCCUAAAGGAGCAUGGGUCUGUCCCAAGUGCCAAGAAAAGGUGUUAAAGAAAGAUGACAAUGUCCCCUGGUCUGGAACUCUGGCUGUGGUGCAAUCAUACGUUACUCAUAAAACAGUCAAAGAAGAAGAGAAGAGGAGGCUAUUAAAGAGGAGCAGUGAAUUAAGAGGAGAACACAGACAGCUGGAGGAAAAAGAAUGCUUUCUUAAUAAUGCAAUGAAGAAAUGCCUAGAGAUCAAAAACAGCCUGUUGGCCCAACAGAAAGGGGUUCAAUCAUCGCUGGAACACCUCAAAACUCUCAUUAGACUGAUACAGAAUGAGCAGAUGCUUCAGGUUACCAUGACAACAACCACCACCUCCUCCUCCUCCUCCUCCUCCCUGCUGACUGUCCCCUGGACCAAACCAUCCUCUGCCUCGGCUGCCGCUGCUCCCCAACCCUUGCAGUCGACACAGGGCAACAACUGACAGGGGGGGGCUGCCCUCCC